AUGGGCCACACAGUCCCUCCGUUGAAAGACAAGUCGCUCUUCAUUGAAAAGGCAUUUGUCAAUGGCGAGUGGGUAGGAGCACAGUCAGGCAAGACCUUUGACGUCCACGACCCCUCCAAUGGCAAAGUCAUCGGUACUUGCCCAGAGUUCGAUGGCGCAGACACCGACAAGGCCAUUCAGGCCGCUGCCGCCGCCUUUCCUAGUUUCCGCAAGACUCUCGCCCGCGAGCGUGCCCGCAUGCUACGACGAUGGUACCAAUUGAUGGUCGAUAACGCCGACGAUUUGGCAACGCUAAUUACAUGGGAAAAUGGCAAGCCUUUAGCUGAUGCAAAGGGCGAAGUCAAUUACGCCGCAACCUUCUUUGAGUGGUUCAGUGAAGAAGCCCCUCGCGUUUAUGGAGACAACAUCCCAUCAUCAGUGGCUGGCAACAGGAUCAUCACAUUCAAGGAGCCCGUUGGUGUCUGUGGUCUUAUUACCCCAUGGAAUUUCCCGGCCGCCAUGGUUACCCGCAAAGCUGCGCCGGCAUUGGCAGCAGGCUGCACGGUCGUUGUCAAGUCUCCUGGCGAGACCCCCUUCACAGCCAACGCACUAGCCGAGCUUUCUGUGCGUGCCGGAUUCCCCAAGGGUGCUUUUAAUGUCGUCACCACAGACAAGAAUGUGGCUGAGGUUGGUGAGGCUCUGACAACUAACCCAAGUGUCCGUAAAGUCUCAUUCACGGGCUCGACCAACGUUGGCAAACUGCUCAUGAAGCAAGCCUCUUCGAGUAUCAAGAAGGUAUCUUGGGAGCUGGGUGGAAACGCCCCAUUUAUCGUUUUCGAUGAUACAAAGGAUCUUGACGCCGCCGUCGCUGGUGCUAUUACUUCCAAAUUCCGCAGUUCCGGGCAAACAUGCGUGUGUGCUAACCGCAUCUAUAUCCAGAAGGGUAUUUAUGAUGAAUUUGCAAAGAAGUUCGCCGAAAAGGUCAGGGGUUUCACGCUUGGUGCUGGAUUCCAGGAAGGCAUCACUCACGGUCCUGUCAUUCAUUCUCGUGCUGUUUCAAAAGUCGACGAACACGUUCGUGAUGCCGAGUCCAAGGGUGCCAAACUCGUCGUCGGUGGGAAACGAGCCUCGGAGCUUGGAGAAAACUUUUAUCACCCCACUGUGUUGACACACAUGACCAAGGAUAUGCAGAUCGCGUCGGAAGAAACAUUUGGUCCCGUCGCAGGGCUGUUCCCAUUUGACACCGAAAAGGACGUCAUCGAACUUGCCAAUGCGGCUGACGUCGGUCUCGCCGCGUACUUCUUUUCCAGCGACGUCAAGCGCUGUUUCCGGGUUGCUGAAGCGUUAGAAGUUGGCAUGGUUGGUGUCAACACCGGUCUUAUUAGUGAUGCUGCUUCACCAUUUGGCGGCGUCAAGCAAAGUGGUUUUGGAAGGGAGGGCAGCAAGUACGGCAUCGAUGAGUUUGUCACUACAAAGGCUGUGACUUUUGGUGGUAUUACUGAGCCAGGCAUCUAA